CCCUGCUCUCUCCCUCUCCACCUGCGUAACAAAAACAGUUAAGACCUUACUGGCUUUGAGAGGCAACAACAAGAACCUCCAAACUCUUUCUCUUUUCUUUUGACCCCGAAAACCACCCCUUUUUUUUUCUUUGCUGUGUUUUCUUUUUCUCUCUCAAUGGAAGAAGCUACCCAAGCCAAUCAGCCCCACACCCAGAUCGAAAUCAAGCCCCAGGGCGAAGAAGCCCCGCCACCAAUCUCCUCCCCCUUGGGCAACAACAACAACCCCGAAACCAAUAAUCAGCCAGAAGGGAGAUUUCCGUUCUUCAAGUCACGUUACCGCCAGAGGUCAUCGGACACAUGGCUCAUUUCUAUCUUCGUCAUCCUCCACCUCCUGGCUUUUAUAACCACCAUGCUGUUCAACUAUUUCUCGCUCGGCAGUGCUCUGUUUCAGCCUCUCUCUGAGAAUCCCCUGCUCGGUCCCUCUGCUUCCACCCUAGAAAAAGUUGGGGCACUUCAAAGGGCAGAUUUGGCUCAGAACCACCAAACUUGGCGUCUCUUUGUAUGUCCCUGGUUACAUGCUGGGGUCAUACACUUUGCCAUCAACAUCAGCUGUAUAAUCUUUGUUGGAAUCCAUUUGGAGCGAGAUUAUGGACCUUUGAGGAUUGGGAUAAUCUUCCUACUAUCUGCAUUUGUUGGUAGCUUGGUAUGUUCACUUUUUGUUCGAAAUAGUCCUGUGGUUGCUUCCUCUGAUGCUUUGUUUGGAUUACUUGGAGCUAUGCUUUCUGGGAUUAUACGGAACUGGAAAGUAUACACAAACAAGUGUGCAGCUCUAGCAGUAGUUUUCAUAGUAUUUGCGAUCAAUUUCCUCCUUGGUCUGCUACCACACAUUGACAAUUUUGCAAAUAUUGGAGCUUUUAUAUCAGGAUUUCUACUCGGAUUUGUGUUUUUGUUCACCCCUCAGAUUAGACAAUUGUCUAAAAACAAAGCAGGCCUUUUUGAAUGUAGUGUCAAAAGUUCCAGUAACUUGAAGCUGAAGCUGAAGCUGGACAGGCCCAUUCUGAGGAGUGUUUCUCUUCUACUGUUUAUUGUUGUACUUGUUGGAUGUCUUGAAGCAGUAUUCCAAGGCAUUGAUAUAAACCGCUAUUGCGGAUGGUGUAGAUUCAUUGAUUGUAUCCCUAGCAAAAGAUGGAACUGCAAUGACAGAACAAAUGCAUGUGAGAUAAUGACGAGCAACUCAGACUUGACAUUGACCUGUUUGCGAAACGGUAACUUCAGGGUAUUCCCUUCCACUAACAUUUCACAGGCAAGGAUAACAGACUUGUGCUCUAUGAUAUGCUGAAGGACUCAAAAUAACAGUAGCAAGUCAAAUAUGAACUCAUUGAGGCAAAUGACCAAAUUGCUUGUUGGACAUAUGGCUGGAAUGUCCAGUGUGUUUUCAAGACUAUGCUCACUACACUAUCAAGCGGCUUUAAAUGAUAGAAAUUUUUUAGGUGAAUUGACACGAAUUGACUGCUCCUGCCAAUUCUCUUAGAAUGUGAUGCUUCAUUCAGAAACAGAAUUUUUAGGCGUUGAUCUGUAAAUGUGAAUGUUGCAACUAAAGAAUUUUCUUAGAAAGUGAGGCCACGUCAGUUCUUUU